CAGCCCCGCCAGUCCCGGGUCGUGGGGCCGCGGCGCGCGUGCUGCAUGCGGGGCGGGGCGGCCACGAGCCGGAGGCGAAGAUGGAAGGCUUAACGCUGAGCGACGCGGAGCAGAAAUACUACUCGGAUCUCUUCUCCUACUGCGACAUCGAGAGCACCAAGAAAGUGGUGGUCAACGGCCGGGUGCUGGAGCUGUUCCGGGCCGCGCAGCUGCCCAACGACGUGGUCCUCCAGAUUAUGGAGCUUUGUGGUGCAACACGACUUGGUUAUUUCGGAAGAAGUCAGUUCUAUAUUGCUUUGAAACUUGUAGCUGUUGCCCAGUCUGGGUUCCCAUUAAGAGUAGAAAGUAUAAAUACAGUAAAAGACCUGCCUCUGCCAAGAUUCGUUGCUUCGAAGAAUGAACAAGAAUCUCGCCAUGCAGCCUCAUACUCUUCAGAUUCUGAAAAUCAAGGGUCUUACUCUGGUGUGAUUCCCCCUCCACCUGGCAGAGGACAAGUGAAAAAGGGAUCAGUAAGCCAUGAUACAGUUCAGCCUCGAGCAUCUGCAGAUCAACAGGAACCUGCGUCCCCAAUAGUUUCGCCACAGCAGUCACCACCAGCUUCUCCACACACAUGGAGGAAGCACAACCGUCAUUCCAGUGGGGGAAAUAGUGAGAGGCCUCUUGGACCUGGGCCAUUUUGGUCUCCUUUUGGUGAAGCACAAUCAGGCUCUUCUGCUGGUGAUGCAGUGUGGUCCGGGCAUUCUCCACCUCCACCGCAAGAAAACUGGGUCAGUUUUGCAGAUACUCCACCAACCAGUACUCUUUUAACCAUGCAUCCUGCUUCUGUCCAGGACCAGACAACAGUACGAACUGUAGCCUCAGCUACAACUGCCAAUGAAAUUCGUAGGCAAUCCAGUAGUUAUGAUGAUCCUUGGAAAAUAACAGAUGAACAAAGACAGUAUUAUAUAAAUCAGUUUAAAACCAUUCAGCCUGAUCUAAACGGAUUUAUUCCAGGAUCUGCAGCUAAAGAGUUUUUUACAAAAUCAAAACUUCCUAUUCUUGAACUUUCUCAUAUUUGGGAACUCUCAGACUUUGAUAAAGAUGGUGCAUUGACACUGGAUGAGUUUUGUGCUGCCUUUCACCUGGUGGUAGCUAGGAAGAAUGGCUAUGACUUACCAGAAAAGCUCCCUGAAAGCUUAAUGCCCAAACUGAUUGAUUUGGAAGAUGCGGCAGAUGUUGGGGAUCAGCCAGGUGAGGUAGGUUAUUCGGGCUCUCCGGCUGAAGCUCCUCCAAGCAAGUCUCCAUCAAUGCCAUCACUAAACCAGACUUGGCCUGAACUCACUCAGAGCAGCGAGCAGUGGGAGACAUUUAGUGAACGCUCUUCAAGCUCACAAACUCUGACCCAAUUUGAUUCUAACAUUGCACCAGCUGAUCCUACUGAUGAGAAGUAUCAUACUAACCCCACUAGCCCAUUACUUGUGAAACCAUCUGACCUUUCAGAAGAAAAUAAGAUAAAUUCAGCAGUGAAAUUUGCUUCUGGAAAUACUGUAGAUGGUUACAGUAGUUCAGACUCUUUUACUUCUGACCCAGAGCAGAUCGGAAGCAAUGUAACUCGCCAAAGGUCUCAUUCUGGAGCAUCACCCGAUAACACUGCACCACCGCCUCCCCCUCCAAGGCCGCAGCCCUCUCAUUCUAGGUCUUCUUCCUUAGACAUGAAUCGGACCUUUACAGUCACCCCAGGACAGCAACAGGCUGGAGUUGUUGCCCAUCCUCCUGCAGUGCCUCCAAGACCGCAGCCCUCGCAGGCUCCUGGUCCUGUUGUUCAUCGCCCAGUGGAUGCCGAUGGCCUAAUAACUCACACUAGUACCUCACCUCAGCAGAUACCAGAGCAACCAAAUUUUGCGGAUUUCAGCCAAUUUGAAGUAUUUGCUGCAUCAAAUGUAAAUGAAGAACAAGAUGAUGAAGCUGAGAAACAUGCAGAGGUUUUGCCGGUUGAGAAAGCAUCUGAUCCUGCGAGUUCUCUCCGAGUUGCCAAAACAGAUAGUAAAACUGAAGAAAAGACAGCUGCUAGUGCUCCUGCCAAUGUGAGCAAAGGCACAACACCUCUUGCUCCUCCACCUAAACCUGUUAGAAGAAGACUAAAAUCAGAAGAUGAGUUAAGGCCAGACGUUGAUGAACACACGCAGAAGACAGGUGUCCUAGCCGCUGUUCUUGCAUCACAGCCUUCUAUUCCCAGGUCUGUUGGGAAAGACAAAAAAGCUAUUCAGGCAUCAAUUCGACGUAAUAAGGAGACCAACACAGUUCUGGCCAGACUGAAUAGUGAACUGCAGCAGCAACUAAAGGAUGUUCUUGAAGAGAGAAUUUCCCUGGAAGUUCAACUGGAACAACUUCGACCAUUCUCUCACCUUUAAGCCAAUUGCCGUUAACUGUGAACAUGCCCAUUUUUAAGCAGUUUGGGGUUUGAAGCCAAUUUGGAGACCUAGACAUUCAGCUCACUGCUUAAGUCAACAUUAAAUUUUAUGAUUCUGUUUUGCCCUAUAUGUUCACCGUUGUAUUUAAGUAUCUUUUAUUUUUUAAUUUCAACAAUAAAAGGGUCAGGAUGACUUUUUCUGGA